CGCGCUUGGUAUACUUAAUCCGAAACGAACAGCUGUUGCUCACACGAUGACAGUAUACGAUCGACCGUCAUAACACGUGUUUCGCAUUGUUUCGCGCACUUGAAAGUCGAUAUAUUAUACGCACGAGAAUCAAGAACUCUGGAGAAAGAAAACGUAUAUAUUUCGCGCUUUUCUCCUCCGUACACAUCAAACACAUAUACACACGCAUACAUAGUCUGCGCACGGGAGUGACGGAAUCCCGUGGUUAAUGUGAUUUUUUUUUUUCGCGAUUAAGGCAAAACAUUGUAAACUGCGCAGUUGUUCAUCGUGAAAGAACACUUGAUACGCUUCUGGAGCGAACCGGAAAGGAAGGAAGAUACGACUUGGAAAAUAAUCCGGAAGGUGUUCGCGUUAAUAGAUCAAAACGAUAGGACAACAUGAAUCUGUCGUUUGCUGGCUGCGGUUUCCUCGGCAUCUAUCAUGUUGGUGUGGCGGUUUGCUUCAAAAAGUACGCGCCACAUUUAUUGUUGAACAAGAUAAGCGGCGCGUCCGCGGGUGCUAUCGCUGCGUGCUGCUUGCUCUGCGAUCUACCCCUAGGCGAAAUGACGAGCAACGUAUUACGUGUGGCACGUGAAGCACGACAACGUACGCUCGGACCGUUCAGUCCAUCUUUCAAUAUACAAGAAAUAUUACUGGAUGGCUUGCGGAAGUUUUUACCAGAUGACGCACAUAUUCGUGUUAACGGAAAAUUGCAUAUCUCUCUAACGAGAGUCUAUGACGGUAAGAAUGUGAUCGUUUCUCAAUUCAACUCAAAGGAUGAUUUGAUGCAGGCUCUAUUAGCCUCUUCAUUCGUGCCACUAUUUUCUGGUUUGCUGCCACCACGAUUCCACGGCAUCAGAUACAUGGACGGUGGUUUUAGCGAUAAUCUUCCUACGCUCGAUGAAAAUACUAUUACCGUUAGUCCGUUCUGCGGAGAAAGCGAUAUAUGUCCGAGGGACAUUUCAUCUCAACUUUUUCACGUCAAUGUCGCCAAUACAAGCAUAGAACUUUCCAGACAAAAUAUGUACAGGUUCACGAAAAUACUCUUUCCGCCUAAAACGGAGAUACUCUCGAAUAUGUGUAAGCAAGGAUUUGACGAUGCAUUGCGAUUUCUACAUCGUAAUAAUCUACUAAACUGCACGAGGUGUCUCGCGGUUCAGUCCACAUACAUAGUUCAGGAAACGAUCGACGAUAGUAUGGAAUAUGAUCCAGAAUGUUUGGAAUGUAAAAUGCACAGACAGGAAGCAUUGGUAGCUAAUAUGCCUGAGACUGUGAUGACAAUAUUUCAAGAUGCUAUAGAUUCGGCCAACAAGGGACUUAUUAACUGGUUAUUCAAACAUCGUAGCAUGAAGUUACUGUCGUUAUUGAGUUUGCCUUGCACGCUACCGGCAGAUGUAAUGUACGCUACAAUCACAAAUCUGAUUGGUAACAAGAUAGAAACUCGUACCUUGGAAUACAAAGUAGUCGGAAAUAUUCUGCGUAUCCCGCAACAGGCACUUACUCGCAAUAAACAUUUAACACAUUCUCGAUUCAUUACGAGUGUCCCGAAACUACGACAUAAUUUAAUAGAAUUAACUAAACUUUUCUUGGAGCAAUUGAGUAUAAUGUUCCCAAAAAUCAAUAUCUAUGCCGAGCCUUUGCCUCAAACAAUCAAAUGUUAUUUCAACAUUAUGGAAUAUGAUUCGAAUACGUACGAUGUGCAAGCUAUAGAAGAAACAGACAUUAUAUAUAAAAAGCAAAAGAAUCUGAAUUUGACUCUCCAAUACAACGAAUGUGAGCAAUGGAAAGAUUCAAGAAAAUCGAGUUGUGUAAUAAAUAUGAGCGACUUUGCAUCAGUGGACGAUACUUUCGAAAAUAUUCUCCAAGCAACUUCGGAUCAAGAGGCAGUAAUAGCAUAUUAUUACAUGGAUGAUAACAAUAAAGUGCAAGUGACAGAAAUCUUCGAUGUAACGGAAUCAGAAUCUCAUACCAUGCUUUCCAUAGAUGAAGUUGAGACCAAUAAAAAACUCCAAUUCGAUGAAUGGGAUGAACCUUCAUGGUUAUCUCAGCACACACUUGACGUAACUACAGAGUCUCUUUAUACCGACGAAAAUCUACGAAGCAUGGAGAAUUUGUCGGAUUUAUCGGUAGAAGACGAUAUACUGGAUAGCGCGAAUAUAUUCUCUGAUCCAGAAAGUGAAUGGGAAGUGGAAAAGAAUCUAGAGCAAGCUGAAAUACUUAAAUCUCCGGAUAGUCGGCCGGAAGUAGAUCAACCAUCCACAAACUUGCUAUAGAAAUAAGAUAAUAGCUUGUUAUUGUUACCAUAUAUAAUUAAAGAUGUGUCUUAUUAGAUAAUAGCUUGCAAGAACAUAUAUGCGCUAUUUAAUUAACCAUAAAAAAAUUUAUAAAAUGAUGAGAUUGAAAUAUUUUAAUG